AUGAAGUUCGCUAUUCUCGUCAUUGGAUUCCUCUCCCUCCUUGGAGUUACUGCCAGCCCUGUGCUAGAUGUUCUCCAAGCACGACAGCCAAUCGCAGUCGCGGUCAGCCAAUCCGAGCUGAACCCCGCCAACCCGCAGCAUAAGCACAAGCGCGAGCUGCUCCAUCUCGCCCACCGGUGGCCACAGAACGACGGCGGCGGUGACAACAACAACAACGGCGGCGACAACAACGGCUCUGGCAACAACAACGGUGGCGGCAACAACAAUGGUGGCGGCAACAACAACGGUGGUUGGAACAACAACGGUGGCGGCAACAACAACGGCAACAACGACAACGAUUCCGACGGGGAGGCGCUGCAGGUAUUCGAGUCCCUCCUGUUUGAGGCGUUCGUCGCUGGGUACAAGGCUGCGCUGAACGGUACUGUUAACUGGGCCACGCUGUGUAACACGACAACGACGUUGGGCAGCUAG